GUGCAACACUGCCCUCCCGUGUGGUUUGCCUCCAAUAAUUCCUUCUCCUCUUCUGUUGCCUCCAAGUAGAUCUUAGUACCAUGAGCUUGCAAUGAGCUAGUGUUUGCAAUUUUUAGUAGCGGUAGCUCGAUGGAGGUGUUCAUCCACGAGGAGUACGUUCACAAGCGGCGGGAGCAGCGGCGGCGGCGGGUCCGGCGGCCGGCGGUGGUAGCGCUGCCGCUGCUGCAGCUGCAGGCGCCGUCGACGGGGAAGAAAGCAGCAGCAGCAGCAGCAGCAGCAGCAAGGAGGCUCCCGCCGGGUGGUUCGCCGCCUGCAAGUGCAACGGAGCUUCAGGAUAGCCCGUGGGACCAGCCGGCCGUCGGCGCCGCGUCGCCGUCCGGUGAUGCCGCCGCCGGGUCGCCGCGACCGGCUGCCACCACCUCCUUCGCGGACCAUCUCCUCGGCUACCUCUAGCCUAGCCGCCGCACUAGUUAGUACAGUCCGGCUGAGUUAAUUACUCUACUUAAUAGCUAUGCGUGCUUCCACCAUCUGGCAGUAAUUAGUUUGCAAUAAACCCGCAAUUAAUCUUGUCAGUGUCUGAAUCUCUGUAUGUAGUGUGCGAGACUUCUCUGCCUUGCAAGCAUGUAAAAUGUAACAGCGUGGUCGAUCUCAUCUACCGUGUUGCACUUAAAUCUGGCACCGAUAUUUUGGAAUUCGGUGAAUUAUGA